AUGGCACCAGAAGUGAUUCGAUCAGAACCUUAUGAUGAAAAGUCGGAUGUCUAUAGUUUUGCCAUUAUUCUCAAUGAGCUUCUCACCGGAGAAUAUCCUUACAUUCAAACUCACUAUAAUCCUUCUAAGAUAGCAUUAGAAGUUGCAGAAAAUGGGUUAAGGCCACAACUUCCGGAGCAGGAAGAUGAGAAACUUGAAGAGCUGAUACAACUUAUACAACUCUCGUGGGAUGAAGACGUUGCACUUAGGCCUUCUUUUCGAGCUAUAACAUAUACUCUCACAAACAUUCACCACAAAUUAAUACUUAGUAACAUUUAG